AUGGAUGACGAUUAUCCCGAGUAUCCCGUACGUCUGCUUCAUCCUAGCGAAUUCGAAUUGAGGCGAGCGCCUGAGGAGAUAGCAUCUGCUAUUCUAUGGGAUCAAAAGACGAAAGAAAGCUCUCUCUAUAACAUGGACGACGAAUACUACGAGUAUUUCUGUGGGGGCGAGGAGCAAGAGGAGGAGACAGAAUACCACGAGGAAGAAACAUCAGGAUAUAGCCAGCAGUACGGCUCCGAACAUGGUCCAGAGGGGCAGGCUGCGACUUAUUCGGCAGCAACUGCCGCCGCUGGAGAUUCGCCUGCAGAUCCUCAAGACAAGAAGAGAAGAAAGAGGAGUAAGAGUAAGAGAAGGCCCAAGGGAAAGGAAACAGAACGCGGCGAGUAA